AUUGCACUUAUCGGCAACGAGAAACAUGCUAACAGAGAGUGAAGAGGUUCUAUACAAGGCAGUGGAUUCAGAAGUACGCCUUCUGAUUGACAAACUAUUAUCACAAAUAAAAGCAACGGAGGAGCGUUGUUCCUCUGUGGAGGCAGGAAAGCGUGCAGAGCUAAUCAACCUUGAACAGAAUUAUCAUGACCUUGAGAAUAGUUUCUUCGAAAUGCAGAAGAGUUUGAACGAGGAAGUGGAAGAAAAGGAUCGCUUGAAGGCCGAAAUGGAAGGAGAGCGAGAAAAGAAUGCUUCACUACGCGUAGGUGUGGAUUCUCGUGAAUAA